UUAAAACUUAUUAGGACUUCUAUCUCUGCUACUGUUGUUCAAAAAUAUAUUUUAUGUAUAUAGUAUAUAAUACUAUUGAUAACAUAGUAUAUCUUCAUAGCAUAUAAAUAUCUAUAAUGUAACAUGUAUUAUUUCUACAGCUGUGUGUUAAUACAGAUACAUAACUAAUUUUACUUACAGUGUUUCCUCAUUUCUAACAAAAUUCACGAAGCUGAAGUAUCUGACGUUUUCCCUGCUCUAUCAUUUGACUGGGACAUAGCUGUGAUGUAACCAGCUCCUAAUUGCUUUUCUGUUAAUGUGGGGUGCACAUCUCAAAAUGUUUGAUAUUUUCUGUGGUUGUUUCAAAAAUAAGAAAAAAAGUGUUAAAAACAAACAUGCUAUUUCUUUACAUGUAUGUAAAUGCAUUUUAUUAGGGGUUAUUUUCCGAUACAGAUUAAGUAUGGUUUUAAAUGAAAAUCUGAAGGGCAAGGGGGCAAGGUGAGAUGAUCAGGAGAUGUCUGUCCAGUUCUCUGGCGGUGUUCAGUGGAAGUGUGCCGUCUGCUCAGUCGCUCUCUGCUGAAGCUGGUGGAAACUGGGCAGCCAGCAGCCAGGACAUGUGCUGCUACCUGACAGGAAGCAUCCUGCCGAGAGGUGGGAAGGAGCGGUAGAGACAGCAGUCGUGGUUGGAAGAGGGUGGGAGAAAGCAAGAAAGGCUCAAGUGCUGAACGGCUUUGGACUUUUAGAACCCACCUGUCCUGCUUAGGCCUAUACUCAUUUCUAUUCAAGGAGCUGUUGUUACAGUGGAUGCUUCUUCUAGAAGGAGAUCUCAUCCAAACCCUGCAGAAUGUUUAUAUGAGCAGAUUACUCUCUCUCUGCAAAACUAAGACAGAGUUCAUAGAGCUUUGUAAGGGCAAACCUAUACACAGAGCCAUACGAUUUCAUGUCUGACUUGUAGCAAAGCGUUCUCUGUUGAUGGAUUUCCAGCUUUGAAGUUUGCAGUUUGACCUGCACUGAUCUGACCCAGUGUAAGCUUCCUGAUGGAGAAAACAAUCAGCGCCAGUUGUUCUGGACAUUACAGUACUUAAAAUGCAUGCAGGAAUAUUUUAAUCGUUGGGUGACUGACAUGCAUUCUCAGCCAAGAAAGAUAACCACAUUUUACCAAAACUAAAGGGUAUUUGAAAUGUCUAGGCAAAAAUUAGUGUGAACUGGUGGUGUGCCUGGGAAUCAGGAAAGUCUCCGCUAGGUGAGAAUGCUUCUUUCUCAAAGAUGGUCUCUGUUCUUGAAACCUUUUCCAGCUGCAGGUUGUUCCUGGUAGGCGUUCCGUGGAGUUAGUUACCGGCUGGUGCUUAAUGCAAUGAGCAGGGAAUAUCAGUCGCAGCAAAAUACUUUAUUCUCCUUAGUUUAUGCAUAUGCAAUUACAUAAAUGUAUCUGAGAGAAUUCUUUUUUCACGUGAAAACAUAAAAAUAGAGGGGAAUAUAUAAUAAUAAUUGCUGUAAUUUCGUUGCAGCAAUGAUAGCAAGAAUAUAAGAAGGACAGGUCUGUAAGAAGCCAUGAUGUAUUAUCUUUCUUAAACUAAGAUGUAAGAGCUCUUAGCCAGGCCCUGGUUCAGCUCCUACAUGGAGCCAGCAAGUUAAGUACCGUGGUGGAAUCACUGCCAUGAGUUUGGCUUGAUGAAGCCAAGCCUCAGUCGUGUGUUACUCUGUGCAGCAAUCUUUUACAGAAUCUGGGGUGAGCAAACCUGUAGAAGUGUGUGAGUUUUAAAUGUCGUGAAGGAGAAAGAACUGGAGCAGCUGCAGACAGCGGGAGCCUUCCUGCACAGCCACUGCACGCUGCCCAGCUCCAUAUCUGACUUUGUAUCUGCAAGUUGCUUUGCCACUAAUGGCUUAUGGUAACUGAAGGCUGCUGCAUCUCGAACUAUCACAAUGAUAACGUUAUUUUGUCUCUGAGUUACACGUUUGUUCCUCUGUCUAGGAAAUGAUGAUAAAGAUUAAAGCAUACUUUAGUCUCUUACUGUUUUGUUCUGAUAGUUAACCAAAUGUUGCUGAUGAGUCUCAAGGAAGAAGCGCGUUCAAAUACUCGUGGAUUUCCCAUUAGGACGUACAGCCGCGUUAGCUUGGCGGUAGUUUCUGCAGCUCCCGACUGGGAGAAAUGGCAGGUGGCCGCUGGGCAGGCAGCCGGGCCGCUCCUGCUGCCCUGCAAGCUUUGCCGGUAGCAGUCAGCCCGCAGUCCGGCGCGGAAAGCUCAGAGUUACAGGUGAGGAGAGUUUUGGCGUUUGUUGCUUGCUGCUGAGCGAUGCUCGGUGUUGCGCAGGACGUGCCGCGGUCCCCCCGCUGCCGGCUGGUUACUCGGUGAUGCCCUGCUCCCUAGCGCUCGCGGCGGGCCGCAGCCUGAGGCCGGUUCUCCGGUGCCGCUCACCCCCGGCGGUGGUUCGUCCUCUCGGCGCCGCUCGCCCCUUCCCGUCCCCUCCGGCGCCCGCGUGGUCUCUCCCGGCGGAGGCGGUGCGCGGCGUCACGUGGCUCCCGGCGGCGGGGCCGGGCCGGGCCGAGGCAGCUGCCGUGCCGCGGGGCGGGGGCAGCGCCAUGGCGCUGCGGGAGCGGGGCGCGGGAGGCGCCGCGGAGGCCGGGGAGGAUGCGUUGGAAGGGCCGGAGCGGGGCCCGCCGCUGCUGCCCUGGGACCGCUUCUCGGCCUGGCUGCACUGCGUGUGCGUGGUGGGCUUCGACCUGGAGCUGGGCCAGGCCGUGGAGGUUAUAUAUCCUCCACAUUCAAAACUCACAGAUAAAGAGAAAACCAAUAUUUGCUACUUGUCUUUUCCAGAUUCCAACUCAGGUUGUCUUGGCGACACGCAGUUUUGUUUUAGAUUUCGACGGUCUUCUGGAAGGAAAGCUUCUCUGUGCUGUUUUCUGGACCACUUGGAUAGAGAUCUACCAGUUUACUUAAAGAAAGAUCCAGCGUAUUACUAUGGCUACGUGUAUUUCAGACAAGUUCGAGAUAAAUCAUUAAAAAGGGGCUAUUUCCAGAAGUCACUGGUCCUCAUCAGCAAGCUGCCAUAUGUCCAUCUCUUUCGCACUGUGCUUAAGCAAAUAGCACCAGAAUAUUUUGAAAAGAGCGAAGCUUUCCUGGAAGCAGUUUGUAGUGAUGUUGAUCGUUGGCCGCCACCAAUUCCAGGGGAAAUACUACAUUUGCCUAUAAUGGGUGUCAUAAUGAAGCUGCGGAUUCCAACAUAUCGUGACAAGCCUGGAACGACCCCAGUAAUACAGAAUAUGCACCAGGCAGAUGCUCAGAUCUCUAUGACCUUACCAACUGUUCAUGAAGUAGAUCUUUUCAGGUGUUUCUGUCCAGUGUUCUUUCACAUUCAGAUGCUUUGGGAACUAGUACUGCUAGGAGAACCACUUGUUGUCAUGGCACCGUCACCAUCAGAAUCUUCAGAAACCGUGCUGGCACUUGUUAGUUGUAUUUCACCCUUAAAGUACUGCAGUGAUUUCAGGCCAUACUUUACCAUACAUGACAGUGAAUUCAAAGAAUAUACAACCCGCACACAAGCUCCACCAUCUGUCAUUCUAGGGGUGACAAAUCCUUUUUUUGCAAAAACUCUCCAGCACUGGCCCCACAUUAUCAGGAUUGGAGAUAUUAAACUUCCAGGUGAUGUUCCAAAGCAGGUGAAAGUGAAAAAACUGAAGAACCUAAAAACUUUGGACUCCAAACCUGGUGUUUAUACCUCUUAUAAGCCAUACUUGAACAAAGACGAAGAAAUUGUUAAACAGUUACAAAAGGGUGUACAACAGAAACGUCCCACGGAAGCACAGAGUGUGAUUCUUCGGCGGUAUUUUUUGGAAUUGACAGAAAGUUUCAUUAUUCCUUUAGAACGUUACGUGGCAAGCCUAAUGCCUUUGCAAAAAUGUAUAUCACCAUGGAAGAGUCCACCACAGCUGAGGCAUUUUAGCCAAGAUGAUUUCAUGAAGACACUGGAAAAAGCGGGACCACAGCUCACCUCUGGUUUAAAAGGAGACUGGAUAGGACUUUACAGGCAUUUUUUGAAAUCACCAAACUUUGAUGGCUGGUUUAGAAGCCGGCAAAAAGAAAUGACGCAGAAGCUGGAGGCACUUCAUUUAGAAGCACUCUGUAAUGAGAACCUGGUUUUCUGGAGUCAGAAGCACACUGAAGUAGAAACAGUGGAUCUUGUCUUGAAGUUGAAGAAUAAACUGUUGCAGGCUGACAGAGAACACCUUCCUGUGAAAACUGAUACACUGAAAAAGCUGCAGGCGCACAUCCAUGACAUUAUACUCGCACUUCCAGAUGACUUGCAGGACAUCUUGCUCAAAACUGGCACAGCGUGAUUCCUGCUGGGGUGUGCGCGUGUGUGCAGGGAGCGGGUGAAUGAAGACAGUGGCUUACGAAGUUCAGGACAAAGACCUAAACAGUGCAGUUACACUACAAAUGGACUUUACUACCAGUAUUGUCCACUGUAAAAUUUUCACUGUUUUUCCCGCUUAAGUACCAGUGCAACUAAAGGAAUUCCUGUGUCUAAUAAUGUUUGAAAUAAGUGCUCUUAAAGAAAAAUCUGUGGGCAUCUGAAACUCUUCCACAGUGUCGGACCACAGCGCAGUGCUGGCAUUGCAGAAUGUUUUCUAAUUGGUGCUGCUAUACCCAAUGCUGUUAACUCAGGGGUAAGCAAUAUUGAUCCUGUACUGUCCUGUUGAUGUAGUAUCUGAUUGCUUUCUUAAAAAGAAAAAAAAAAACAAAAAAAAAAACAACCUGGGAUAAUGUGCGACUUGGUCAGUACACAUAAUAGUGAGGUAUUUUACUGGUAAACCAUCAACAGCUUACAAAACUGUUUCAGGGACAGGUGAAAUAAUCACAAUGGUUCUUAACUAUAUCUUCCUUUCACCUUUGUAUCCUCUUUCCAAAGACCAUAUUAAUUUAGCAUCUUUAAAGAAGAGAAGGCAGCUGACAAACAUUUCCUGAGGAGCAAUUUCUUCCAUUUGAUGUUGGUUAAUUAGGGUGCUUUUAUUCACAUGCCUUAAAUGAAUAUCAAGUAACUGUAUACCAAUUUGUGGUUUUAAACUGCUGACGUUCAGGAUUUAAAGUGGAUCACUUGUGUAAAUGUGUUCAUCACAGUAACACAGCAUUCAUCCCAGUAAAUAGACUGAUAUUCUAAUGCAGAAUUUAACAUCAAUGAUUUCAGUAGUUAGCCGAUACAUAAUCUGUUUCAGCUGGAGAUCAUAGCUUCUGUUAGAAAUUUUUAUAAAUAUGUAUUUUUUAUUUUUUAGGUUUUAAUUUUUACUUACAGCAAUAGGGUCAGUAAGGACCUGGAGGGAUGGGGAAAAGAGGAUGCUGACUUCAGCUGACAAAAGCCUAUGGAGAGAUCAAACUGUGGCAAGGGAAGAUUGUGGAGGGAUGUUAUUUUUGGUAUAUGCAUAUAGCAGACGUGCAAAGAAACUAAUUUUCUCAUCUGUACUAAGCAACAAUUGUGAUGUUUAUCUUCUUGAGCAAGAUUCAGUGGUAUGUUAGGACUCAGCUGCUCUACAUGCAGUGUUACACUUUGACCAAUUUCAAGUAGAAUAAACUUAAUGCUAUAGUGUACGCGCAGCAUACACUUUUAUAUGACAAGUGGAUCACAGUUAUAAAAAAUCCUACUUUUAAGUGCUUGGAUGGAAUUUUUAAAAACACAUGAAAUUGUAAUCCUAUAAGAAAAUGCUUUUGUAUAAUAAAUAUUUCAUACCAUCUUUCUAAAAUGUCUUAUUUAGGUACAAAGUGUUGUGACUAUUUUUAUGAAAAUAUGUAUUUUAAUACUGUUAUGGUUUGUAUACAGUUAUUCUGACAAAAGGUUUAAUGCAUGUAUUAUGUUACUUAAACUACACCACUUCAGCAUUAACUUCUAACUUGGAAUUUUGUUUGCACAUCCUGAUGAAUAUAAUUUCUAAUUCAGAAAUUAUUAAGUGGCCAUUCUUAUACUAAAGCUAACCUGGAACACUGUGUAGUUCCUUGGAACUAUGUAAACUGGUAACAACUAUGAUAAAUAUUAUCACAUGACUGCAAUACUUAUUUUUGUAAAAGAAAAUAAAGAGUUUCAGUUUUUGGAAGUUACGUGA